AUGCGGCGCAUACUGGAGGCCAAGAAGGGCAACGGGAACGGUAUGGGCCGCAAGAGCACCGGUGGUGUCCACCAGUUGCCCAAACGCCGGCCCUAUCGCCACAGACCCGGCACUAUAGCGCUCCGGGAGAUCAGGCGCUACCAGAAGACCACUGACCUACUGGUGGGCCUGUUCGAGGACACCAACCUCUGCGCCAUUCACGCCAAGAGGGUUACGAUUAUGCCGAGGGAUAUACAACUGUCCCGUCGUAUCAGAGGCGAGCGCACCUGA